GAGCGGCCCGGGGUUUAAACCCAGGCCCGGCAGACUCCUCUCGGCUUGCUGCGGAGGAACGGCUGUUGGUGUCUUCCUUUGGCUAGCUAGAAGUGGGCUCUUUGCUCCUGGUCGCUGAGCCUCUUCUACAGGAGGAACCAUGGCGCUCAGGGUCACUAGGAGCACGAAACUUAACACGGAAAAUAAGGCCAAGGUCAGCAUGGCAGGCGCCAAGCGUGUGCCUGUGGCAAUUGCUGCAGCCUCCAAGCCCGGGCUGAGACCAAGAACCGCUCUCGGAGAUAUUGGUAACAAAGUCAGCGAACAGGCACAGGCCAGACUGCCUCUGAAAAAGGAACUAAAAACUUCAGUUACUGGGAAAGUUUCAGCCAAAAUCCCACCAAAACUUCUGGAGAAGGUUCCUGUGAGUGAGCCAGAGGUGGAAAUUACUGAGCCUGAACCUGUUAUGGAAGAAAAGCUUUCUCCUGAACCUAUUUUGCCAUCGCUGUCCUAA